AUGUCAAACUGUUGCAAAUAUACUGGUGAAGAUGUCGUGGAGCAAAUCCUAUCAACCUUACCUCCCAAAUCUCUCAUGCGAUUCAAGUGCGUCUCUAAAAGAUGGUAUGCUCUGAUCACCAACCCCAUAUUCGUAGCUAAGCACCUCUCCUAUUCCAAGCACAACAGUCUCACUACAAGCGUCCUUUUGAAGCGUUUGGUCUGCAAGGACACAAAGGAGGCUGAAGAUCAUGAGCCUGAAACGGUUUUGUCAUUUGUUAAAUUUCGCAACAAUAUUGAUGAUAAUGGUGGUAAACAUGCACAUGAGCAUAACAGCUAUUCUGGGGUGGAGGACGUCAAGUUUCUUCCAAAGACUAGCUCCCGGUGGUUGCAUAUUGUAGGCCAUUGUGAUGGGAUCGUAUGUCUAGCUGCUACUCAUGAGGUGCUUUUAUGGAAUCCAGCGAUUCAAGAAUCCAAGCCUCUGUCUUCCGAGCCAUACCUGCAAGGCUAUGGCUUCAACUAUGAUGCUGUGGCAUUUGGCUAUGACCCUUGUUCCAAAGGGUACAAAGUUGUUAAAAUUGGGUGUCAUGGUGAUCGAUGGGAUGAUGAAAACUAUUAUAUCUAUCAUCCCCCGAAAGCAAUAUUAUACACCCAUCUGGGUACUGAUUCUGAUUCUUGGAGAGAGAUCGAGACUUGUUCUUUAGAAACACAAACUACUAUCCUUUGGCCUGAAAUUUUCCAGAUUUACUUCAAGAAUGUGUGCUAUUGGACGGGACAGGAGCAACACAAGGAGUUGCAUGCAUUUGAAGCAGCGGAGGAGAAAUUCAUUCAUGAUAUCAUCAUAUUCUUUGAUCUGGUAGAUGAGGUAUUUCAUGACAUGUUUUUACCGGAUUGUUUUUAUGAUCGGAACGAGUUCUUUUAUGGUAUGCGCCUUCUAGUGUGGAAUGAAUCCGUUUCACUCUUCGGAUUGCAAAAUACUCGUCAUUUAUCCUGUGGCAUAUGGGUGAUGGAUGAACUUGGAGGUCCUAAGGGUGCUUGGACUAAACAUAUAGCAUUUGAGCUCACUGAAAAGCCAUUAGUAUUUUUGAAUAACGAUCAGAUUCUUCUGGCGGAUGUAGAGGAGGACACAAUUGGACAUAUAAUUUCCUAUAAUUUGAGUACCAAGAAACUCAACCACCUCCCCAUUCAGACUGAUUUACACAUUAAUGCACGCCCAGAUGAUGACUACAUAGCUGUUCUCUAUGUGAAUAGUAUAGUUCCGGUCUUGGGAGGCAAUAUGAUUGGAAGUGGACAUGAUAUUAGCAACGUAAACUUUCUCACUCCAUUUCUCAUCUCUUAA